AUGGUUGGUAAAGUAGAACUCAUACCAAUUGCAGAAGGCAAUCGUAUUACAGUAAAAGAGAAUGAAAAAGUUAUUGUUGGACGUGGUUCAUCAUUAGGCUGUAAUGAAAAAAAAAUUUCUCGUCAUCAUGCAGAAUUAUUACUUAAAGAUGAUAAUACUCUUUGGAUUAAACCAACUCAUGCAAAUCCUGUUUUCUAUCGUCCAUUAAAUGGUAAAACAAUUCAAUUAACAAAAGAUGUUGAACGAGAAUUAAACGAUGGUGAUCAAAUUGGUUUACUUCCAUCAAGUUUUUUCUUUCGUGUAAGUUUUUCUACUGAUGAAAACAAUAAUAAUGACAAAAAUGAUGAUUCCGAUUCGGAUUCAUUAUAUGCAUGGAAAAAAGAUGAUAAUUUAUCUCCUGUACGUGCAACUUCACCUGAUCAAUGGUCACCUACACAUGGUUAUCGUCGUUCAAUUAGUAAUCAAGAUACAUCUGUUUUUGAUUUUGAUGAAGAUGCUAAUGAUGAACCGGCACGAACACCAAGUAAACGUACAUCAUUUGAAAAGAAAAUUUCGUUAGAUGUUGAACCAAAACCACGUAUUUCAAUGUCGGUACCUACAGUUAAUCUAACUCGAAUUUCUGUUCCUCCACCAUCUGUAGACAAUGAAGAUGAAAUUGAACCAAUUAAUACGAAUCAUACAUCACGAAAAUUACCUAAAUGGAUGGCAGCACCAACUCCAUCACCAAUAACUAAGCAGACAACUGCUACACCUAAGUCUUCUUAUUCACGAAAUUCAUCAAAUACUACUCCAACUAGUGCUAAACGACAUUUAAGUUUUGAAGGUGAUAGUAAUAGUGAUGUUAAUGAAUCAUCAAAUAUGUCAGAUGUUCGAUCACCAGCAACACCUAUUGAAACAAAGUCUCCAGGAAAAGUAUUAAGUAAAGUACCUUCAACAAGAAGUUUUGAUAGUGAUAGUGCAGAUGGUUUUGAUUUCGUGGCAUCAAAAACAACAACAACGACGACAACACCAUCACCAUCAGUACCAAAAAGAAUUAAACCAGGUAGUAAACGUCGUCCAGUUUGUCAAUUUGGUGCAUCGUGUUAUAGAAAAAAUCCUAUUCAUCGUGCUGAACAAUCACAUCCAGGUGAUAGUGAUUACGAAGAUUCAAAACAAUCAUAUGAUAAUGAUAAUAAUGAUGAUAAUGAUGCUGAUAAACCUUUAUGUCCAUUUGGUAAAUCAUGUUAUCGACAAAAUCCUCAACAUAAACGUGAUUUCAAACAUUAG